UCAUCAUCUUCAUAGCACGUCUGGGAAGAUGUCGCUGCAGCGACCACCCUGGUUUCAGGAUGGACAGUGUAGCGACGAGACAGUCAAGGGAGGAGAUGGUGGGUGGUGGAAAGAGAGUCUGCCCUCAGCCGCCUCUGCCGUUGAAGGCAGUGAUGGUUGUACUGAGGAAAACGCAGGCAGCCUGGAGACAAAAUGACUGUUCACCCUUACCAACGAUGCCAUUUUGGACUUCACUUCUCCGAAGCUGGCUUUUCUACAAAAGAGGGGAAAUUUGCUUUCUAUAGGUUGUUGUGUGGAACAAACGAGUAAAUUCAUGUAAAUGGCCCGCUUCAGGGCCUGGCACUAUCGGCCUGGCACCCAAUAACAUGAUACAGACAGAUGCCUUUUGGCCAUUUUGAAGGAUCGUGAACCCAUAGCUGAUGCUACUUGAAUAUAUUUUUAUUAUCCAUUUGUCAUAAUGUCCUGGUCAGCUGUGACAUAUUCGGGAACUCUUCAUUCAAAGCUCGGAGACGGAAAUGCUCUGACUGUAAGGUUGCCGCCCACUUUCAGUGAUUGGCAGAUGAGGCCCUGGGGCCGGAAGUGAGGAGGAGACUAAGUCAGGAAUCAGGGAGUGGGUGGCGGGUGAGCCCGGCAAAGCCAAGGGGAAGGGCAGGCGAAUCCUUUAGCAUGGCUGGAAGAGGGGGUCUUUUGAUGCUGGAAAACUUCAUAGGUGGAAAAUUUUUACCUUGUAGCUCAUACCUAGAUUCCUAUGAUCCCUCCACAGGGGAAGUGUACUGCCACGUGCCAAACAGUGGGGAAGAAGAGGUCGAAGCCGCGGUGGAGGCUGCCAGAGCAGCUUUUCCGGGCUGGUCCUCCCGGAGCCCCCAGGAGCGUUCACAGGUGCUACAGCGGCUGGCGGACUUGCUGGAACAGUCCCUGGAGGAGCUGGCCCAGGCCGAGUCCAAGGACCAAGGGAAAACCAUAACCCUGGCGAGAACCGUGGACAUUCCCCGGGCGGUGCAGAACUUCCGGUUCUUCGCCUCCUCCACCCUGCACCACACGUCUGAAUGCACGCAGAUGGACCACUUGGACUGUCUGCACUACACAGUGCGGGCCCCUGUGGGCAUCGCUCUGAUCAGUCCCUGGAAUCUGCCCCUCUAUCUGCUGACCUGGAAGAUUGCUCCAGCGAUCGCGGCUGGCAACACAGUGAUAGCUAAGCCCAGCGAGCUGACUUCCGUGACCGCGUGGAUGAUGUGCAGACUCCUGGAGAAAGCAGGUGUUCCGCCAGGUGUGGUCAAUGUUGUGUUUGGAACGGGGCCCAGGGUUGGCGAGGCCCUGGUGUCCCACCCAGACGUACCCCUCAUCUCCUUCACGGGGAGCCAGCCCACCGCCGAGCGCAUCACACAGCUGAGUGCCCCCCACUGCAAGAAGCUCUCGCUGGAGCUGGGGGGCAAGAACCCCGCCAUCGUCUUUGAAGAUGCCAACCUGGACGAGUGCAUCCCGACGACUGUCAGGUCCAGCUUUGCCAACCAGGGUGAAAUCUGCCUCUGUACCAGCAGAAUCUUUGUCCAGAAGAGCAUCUAUAGUGAAUUUUUAAAGAGGUUUGUAGAGGCGACCAGAAUGUGGAAAGUUGGUAUUCCAUCUGACCCAUCGGCUGACAUGGGAGCUCUGAUCAGUAAAGCUCAUCUGGAGAAAGUCAGAAGUUACAUCAAGAAAGCUCGCCUGGAAGGGGCCCAAAUUCUGUGUGGUGAGGGAGUGGAUAAAUUGAACCUUCCCCCCAGGAAUCAGGCAGGGUACUUCAUGCUUCCCACGGUGAUAACAGAUGUUAAGGAUGAGUCCUGCUGCAUGAAGGAAGAGAUAUUUGGUCCGGUGACGUGUGUCGUCCCCUUUGAUAGUGAAGAGGAAGUGAUUCAAAGAGCCAACAGCGUUAAAUAUGGACUGGCUGCUACUGUGUGGUCAGGCAACGUGGGGCGUGUCCACCGGGUGGCCAAGAAGUUACAGUCAGGCUUGGUCUGGACCAACUGCUGGCUCAUUAGAGAGCUGAACCUACCUUUCGGGGGGAUGAAGAGUUCUGGGGUGGGCAGAGAAGGAGCCAGAGACUCUUACGAAUUCUUCACUGAAGUCAAAACCAUCACUGUUAAACACUGACCUCGGCCAGCGCAGAAGCUGAUGCCUGGAUGCAGAGACUCAGUCGUCCGGUGUGGUGAAAAGAAACCCCUGCAUACAUUUCAGCCAAGUCUUGACUCAGCAGAAGAUUCUCUCUAUAGCUUAUCCUCUGUACCUAGUAUUUUUACCAACUGGUGAAAAGAUGCUUGCUCUUUUCAGUGAGGAGUCAAAGAAGAGAUCUCUGAAUAGGAAGGCAUACAAAGGAAGCCACCCAAACAUUUGGGCUCCUCCUAAGUUGUGUUUUCAUUGUAUUUUUUCAUCAUUUUGAUUCAAUUCUUAAAAAUUCACAGAUGAUUGGUUUCUUUUCUUCAUUUGCAAGUAUAUGGUAAAAAAAAAAAAAUCUACAAAGCCAAAGAGAAACACAUCACCAUAAUCUCUAACUUUGGGGAGAUUGCAGAAAUGGUCUCUUCAUUCAUCAACAGUUGGCAUGGCUCAUUGGUAAUUGACUGUACCUCAUUAUGCAAGGGUGCUUUGAAUGUUGAUGAUGUAAUUUAUGUGGGACUUGUCAGAGUAACCAUAUAUGAGAGGUCCUACUAAAUAUAUCUUUAUGAAGACAAAGAGAAAUGAAAUAACGACUACUUUUGGAAGAAACUCAGAACAAGGAGGGUUUGAUAUUUUCCUACUAUGGAGUCUAAUCAAUUCCAAUUCAAAGUGUAGUAUCUCAGGACACUUAAAAUUUUCGAAUACUGUAUGGCUGAGUCUCUUUGCUGUCUACCUAUAGUUAUCACAGAAUUGUUAACUAUACCCUAGUAUAAAAUAAAAAGUUUACAAACUUUAUUAAUCUUAAAGGAAACAAUAAAUGUUAAACAAUUUUACCAAGCA